AUGUCUCCCCCGCCGCGGGGAAGCCACCCCAGCCUCCUCGCCCCUUCGGCCCGCCGCAGCAGCCCCUGGCCUCGGCCUCCCCUGCGCCCGGAGCGGCGGCCCGGUCACACGCGACUCCCCGCCCAGCGGCCUGACAGCGACGGAGCCCGACACGAGGCCGCGGCGAUGAAGGCGGAGGCGGGGGACGGCAGCAUGAUCAACCUGUCGGUCCAGCAGGUGCUCAGUCUGUGGGCGCACGGGACCUCGCUCCGGCACCUGACGGAAAUGUGGUACUGGGUUUUCCUAUGGGCUCUCUUCUCCUCUCUCUUUGUCCACAGUGCUGCAGGAGUUUUAAUGUUUGUGAUGCUGCAGAGGCAUAGGCAAGGGAGAGUAAUCUCUGUCAUUGUGGUCAGCAUUGGAUUUCUGGGUUCUGUAACUGGAGCUAUGAUAACCAGUGCAGCUGUAGCUGGAAUUUACAGAGUAGCUGGGAAAAGCAUGGCACCCUUAGAAGCACUGGUGUUUGGAGUUGGGCAGACAGUACUGACACUGAUUAUUUCCUUUUCAAGGAUUCUUGCUACCCUUUGAAUCUUCUGUGAAAACUUAGUUUAUACGAAGGAAAACAGUCUGUGGAGAAGUUUCCCAGAAGUGCUUUCAGAGACUGAUGGGUUUGAAUUGCUGAUGAAUUGCAAGGGGAAACACUCGGCAUGUGACCUGCAAAGCUAGAGGUCCCACCCCUUUGGAAAGGACUUCCUUUAGAGUCCAAAAAUGACUCACUACUGCACUGCACCUAAUGUGCCUCUGUCACAGGCAAGGUGUGUUCAGUUUAGGUGAAGCUGCGUGAUAAAAGCACCUUGUGAAGCUGCUAAUCAGGCUAAUGGUAGGUGAUGCGAUCAUUGUUCUUAACAGUAUUGAAAGAAAAUACAGGGGCAUUUCUGAAGAAUGGAUACAUGUGCCAAAUGUGAAGCUGAUUUUAUAUAAAAAAGAUAAUGUGACAAUUUAAAUGUGUAUUAAUUGAGUGCUGCAAACUUAAUUCAAAAGAAUUCAGGUUCACUAGCAAGGUAUUUGCUUUUUUGAUAUAUUAACUGAAUCCCACUCAGUUCAGAAUGUUGAACUAUGAAAAUGAACUUGAGUUUUGAAUAUGUGUGUGAGCAUUGCUGAGAUCCAAUGGCUGAAGCAAAACUCUUGCAAGAACUUGAAUGUGAUUGACCCUAGUAUAGGAAAUCUUUAUGAAGGGCAAAUAGAUCACUAGAACAGAACUCUUCAGUAAUCUGCUUACAUGCUCUUGAUUUUUUGUCAAUUUAUGAUAUAUCUCAAAGUCUCAUCAUAGAUUGACACACCAGCUGUAUGAAUUAACUGCAGCUUUCAAAAUGAAACCUACAUUAUCCUUAAACUUGAUUCUCUCCUCCCCUCUCCCCAAAAAACUGUCCAAAGUCUUCUGUGACUUUCUAAAUAUAGUUGCUGUUUUUCUUUCCAGAAACCAGUUCCAUUGUUCUUGCUAAAAAGAUAUUUUGGUCAGUAGGAGCUGGAAAACAGGUUUACUGCAUGGCCCAGUUUAAACUUCCAGAGGGAUACUUGAGAAAACUCAAAAGGAGUGAAAGUUAAUGUGAUCAUACCAGAAUUCAGAACAAAAUAACAACUAAUAAAUUGUUGGUAUCAAAAAGGAUACAAUCUUGCCGCUUUUCCCCAACAGUUAAAAAAAACUUUGGAGUUUUCACAACCUUAGUUUCCUGUAGGUGUGUUCUGUAUGUUGCUCUUUUAACAAAGGCAGUGGUGGUGUGAAUGUGAUGUCUUUGAUAUAAAAUGUUAAAAAUGAAUUGAGAGAAAUUACAGAACAAUGCCUAGAUAGACAAAUGUGCAUGUAGAGAAUGAAUGAAUGAAUUACAUCUUUGGGCUGAUUCACAUAUUGCCCUUUAGGUGGGGGCACAUGUAAUCAUCUGGAAGAAAGGAGCAAGCUUCCUGAAUCUAGCAGCACAAGCUGGGAAGUCGACUUUAUCAUUUGCCAGAGAUCCCUACAAGCUGUUGCUGCUCACCUACCACAAACUGAGCCACCUUUUUAACAGCACCUCAUUAGCUCUGGCUGUGACUUCUCUUUUCUAGAGGUGUGGCAGCACCAAAGGAUCUUGCUGGGAGCUUGGGUUAAACUAGGCAGAUGUGGGAAAUGGCGGCAGGAGGGGGUAAGCUAACAUUGCCUCUAUUGUUUGCCAGCAGAACGGCAGUUCCCUGCUGGCUGCUAAUAGAAAUGAUGGGAGGCAUCAUUUCAUAUGUUCCAUUGCUAAGAGACAUUAUAUGAACCAGCCUAUAAUAAAAUAGACACUCUGCUUAUUCAGACACCUGAAUGGAAAUUAGAGACACGGCCACAAGUUGGCAUGAUGGCAGAAGUUAAUGCCUACAAGAAAUCAUACUUGCAGCAAUAAUACUCUUGACAGCACAGUGCUUUGUUCCACAGCCUUUCUAAUUAUUGUGAUAAGCAUCACAGUUUAUAUUCAUAUACUCAGAAAUUGCCACUAGAGGUUAUUUUGCUUACUUUACGUAGAGAUAACAUUUUUAAAAGAAAGCAGUUUUUAUCUCUCCUUGAUGCUUGUUUUGUAAGGAUAGGCCUCCACACUGUAAGGACUUGCAUGUCUGUGUGGGCAUAUAAAAGGAGCAGCUGCUUUGCUGUGAGCUUGCAGAGCUUUGUCUGCCAUAGCCACUGAUGGAAGCUCUGUAUUCACCCAAGGCUCCGAGUCAAGGCCUUAAGGCUUUGGGGACUGGAUUAACAUUGAGAUACUUAACAAACGACAUAUUUCAUUAUCUUUGUAUCAGGUACUUUUUGUAAAUACCAAGGUACAUUAUAAAUAAACAUACAGUAGUAUGAAGUGAUAUUUAAUUUUUAGUGCCUUGAGUAUAUAUUAGGAGUUUUCUAGCUCACUAUCUACUGAUAGCUGUUCUGCCCCCUGUUGUUAGACUCACUGUUGGACCACGUGGUAGUGGUAUGUUCACGUGAAAACAGAAAAAUUGGCAUAUUCAUUCUAGUGCUACCAGUUCAAGUCAUGCAGAAAGGUUUUUCUUAAUUCUUACUUGGCAAAAAUAUUAUACCCUGUAUAUCUUCAGGGCUUUAUAGAAAAUAGUAUCUUGCUUUACAUAUUUUAGUCAGCAUCAGAACGCGCUGUUUGCAACACUGUUGUGAAUGUUAUGUGUGAAGUGGGUUUUUUUUGUCUAGUGUUAAGUAGUACUUUAAUAAUGCUACAAAAGUUGAGCACAUCUCAGGCCCCAGAAAGAAGAAAGCUGUGUAAAUUUCUGUUGACUUUUAUGGCUAUAAAUAGAAAUGUGUUCUUAUGUCUGAGAGUCAGUCACAUACUUCCUAUGUUAGUUAUGAGUGCCUGGCAAAGCUCUAAUGGUUUUCAUGUAAAAGAAACCCCAUCAGUAUUAAGGCUAGGCUGGGAAUAAUUUAUAGUCAAACUAUAUGUUUUGUUUUGAAAUAUUGCAGUAUAUUUAUUUGGUACCAGCAGUACAACAGAUUCUUAGCAGUGUCCUUCCACAUGAACUUAGUGAAACUGCAACAAAAGGAAACUAUUACAGAUCAUGUCAGGUAACAUUUAACUACAUGAGAUACUUUUAGGAUAAAUCAAUGUAUAUGAUUGCUUCUCACUUUCUAUAAAAGAUGGUAAGGAAAGUUUCUAUUACAGACAUUGUUCUUUAAUGAUAUUAAAGUGUAUGUUUAAGAAAAUAGGCACCAGUAUUGAAGAAGUCUCUGGCCUUAAGUCUUUGAAUGGGAUACAUCAUAUUUGUAUUAUUCAUUGAUUUUUAAAACUGAUUUCUGCAAUCCAACAGGAACGAAGUCUCUAGGGUAAUGUGUUCCUAAUAGCAAUAUUCUUCUUUAUUCAGUCUUAGAGGGUAGUACUGAUUGGCAAUUCUUCAUAUGCCCAAAGUGGUUACUUUCACAAUAUUAGUCUUGUUUCUUCAAGGUUAUAGUGGUGUUUUUUGUGUUUGGGUAGAAUGUUGAUUGUAUGAAUGGCAUUAAAAUAAUACCUUUAGCUGCUAAAAGAAAUGGAGAUUAGUAUACUAAUCUUUAAGAAAUGUGGUCUGAGAAAAUAAGUAAACAAAUUCCUCAAGAGAAGAAGAAGAGGUUGUCUUAACUUUAAAAGAAUCCAGUAUAAGAUAUAUGCAGUACUAGUGUCUGACCACUAACUGAAUUGCCAGAAAUAUGUCAAGACAGAUCAAAAUCUCAUGCUAUUUGAGAUGAACUCUUCUAGAUAAUCUUUGUUUUUCUUUUUAAAAAACCUUAGGCUUCAAGGGAAAAAACUCUAUGAUGCUUAGUAAUGAAGAUCUAGGCAUUUUUAUUUCAUUUUACAGAGCUACAUAUAGUAUAUACUUGACUUUCAUUUAUGAACACAUGGACCAAAGAGGUGGUUAGUAUGCAUUGUAUUUAUGUGUAAUAUAACAGCCUAAAUAUAUUUUUUCUUUAGUAAAUCCGAGGAAAGCAGUAGUGUUUCCUCGUCAGUUUUGCACUUUGCUAUAUUUUGUUUUAGUAUGAUGAACUUCUUUCUACUUGAAGCUUGCAUAUUUUUGUUGUAUUGUAGUAAUACCAAGCAGUCUGCAUUUGGUAUGAUUAAACUGAUUUUUAAAAUUA